AUGUACGGUGUCCAGAGUGCUGUAGUUGCACAGCAACACCAACAACAAUCGCAAUCACCGCAGCAGCAGCAGCCGCAGCAGUUUCCGGAUUUAUAUUCCGAACUCCAGAAGUCCGGCAUUUUCUACGAACCAGAAAACAUGCCUCGAAAGGUGGAAUAUGCUGUAUUAUUUGUUAUUAUUUUGCGAACCUUCGAUGACCCAUCGCCGCGCUACAAGCUCAAGCUGAUCAUGUGGCUCGCACUGCUCUUCGUCAUUGUCGGCAUGGUUGUUGUCGUGCUUAUUCUUACUAUUUCUAAAAUGCAAGCAAUUUCGUCAGCAUCAUUCCACUCACUACGACGCUUCGAAGGUCAUUUCCUGAUGACCGAGGGUCCGCUGCUUAAAUUUGAUGGGAAGCUCCUACAGAAAAACACGAAAGAAUACGCCGAACAUGCGAAUAAGAUUCAACGACAGUUGGAUCUCAUUUAUCGACAAGGUGGCUACGGACUUAUAUACGCCGGCUCAGAAGUGACGCGCUUCAGGUUUGUACCAGCAGUUCCAGCUCUCGAUGUGAGUUUUGUCCUGAAGACACGAAGUGACAUGCACAUCAAUGUGUUCGAUUUUCUUUCGGUUUUGAGAAAUUACGUGCGAACUCACGGCUUCGAUGGUAAUACAAUUGAUGAUAAAAGUAUCAGUCUUGAGAGUAAACAUUCACGAUAA